AUGUCUACCAUCUUUCCAAGACCGGACGGUUACCCAUCAGAAAUCAUCGGCUACGCAGAACCAUGGAUCGUCUCACCGGGCGACACCGUGGAUAUCAAGGUCUCAUGUACGGAGCCUGAAUACAAAUACCGCCUUGUCCGCUAUUCACAAGGCUACGAGGAGCCCAAGAGCCCGCGGCGACAAGUUGAAGACGUCGCCGGCGUUCCUGCCGGAACAAGGCAGGGACGGUUUCAGCUCGCUCCUUCAGGGUCGUACGGACUAGUCGAAGACAUUGGAACGACAUCAGAGGAUGAGGGUGUCAAGUUCUCCUUUUAUGUGCAGCCUUGGAUGAUCACGGAUGACCACAGCCAAACAAUCAUUUCGACGCUGGAUGGUGCGAAGCAGACAGGAUUUUCCAUCAAUCUCAAUCCUGAAGGCCUCUUCGAGCUCUGGGUGGGUCUCGGAUCGUCAGUCCAAGUCAUACCCACAAAGUUCCUGCCCAGGCUACAGAGAUGGGUUCAUGUUGGGGGCGAGAUACUGGGCAACUCAGUCAAAUUGGCAUUCACUCCACAGAGCAGAGCUACUGAGCCUGCACCGACCCCCAGUCAGUUUGCCGUGGAGCUGGCUGGUCCAGUCAAACUAUCAGGCGGGGAGUCACUGUUGAUUGCCGCCAGCAGAGUAGCGUCUCCCAAACCGGGAGCAGGGCAAAGCCGGACGCCUAGCAACCAUUUUAACGGACGUCUGGAUACGGUUGUCCUGGCCACAAUUGGACGCAAUCCGCGCAAGCUGGCGCACUACGAUUUCUCUGUCGGUAUUCCCACUGACGAGAUCACGGAUAUCUCAGGAAACUCUCGGAAUGGUAUCUUGGUCAACGCCCCGACAAGGGCCAUGAAAGGGUUUGACUGGGAUGGCACGGAGCUGGACUGGACCAGGGCCAAGAAGGGCUACGGGGCAAUCCAUUUUCAUGAAGAUGACCUCGACGAUGCUUGCUGGGCGACCGACUUUUCACUCAAAGUCCCCAACGAUGCCAGAUCCGGCGUAUACAGUGUGGAAAUCCAAGCCACGGAGACUGAUGUGCGAGAGUCGAUUGUUUUCUACGUCAGACCGACGCCGACAACGACAGCAAAGACAGCAAUGGUGCUUGGAACGUUCACCUAUCUCGCCUACGCCAACGAACACAUGUGGGAUCAGAACAGCCCAGCGCGGGCCGAGGUCCCCGACGAAUUCGGGUCGUUCAAGUUCUACGAGGAUGAGACUCUCUACAAACAACAACGGCGCAAAGACCUGGGCCUGUCACAGUACGAUGUGCAUCGAGACGGCACGGGGGUGGUCUAUUCAUCCGCAAAGAGACCGCUGCUCAAUAACCGUCCCGACUACGUGAACUGGACGGGCCAUCGGCCCAGAGAGCUGUCCGCCGAUCUGAUCAUGAUUGGGUUCCUCGAGAGACUCGGCAUUCCAUACGACGUGGUGACGGACCACGACCUGCAUCUGCAGGGCGUUGAGAUGCUUAGCCCCUACUCCACCCUCAUCACCGGCUGCCACCCGGAAUAUCCAAGUUUGCAAUCCUACAUGGCCUACGAGGAUUUUGUCAAGAAGGGCGGCAACCUCAUGUACCUGGGAGGAAACGGCUUCUACUGGACGUCGACCACCGAUCCGGCCCGGCCACAUCGCUCCGAAGUCCGUCGCGGUGGACAGGGUGUCAGAACAUCGUAUCAAGAGCCCGGUGAGCGCCACCACUCGACCGAUGGGAGGAUGGGUGGUCUAUGGCGAGACAACGGCAGAGCCGCAAACUAUUUGGUGGGAAUCGGCUGUUGUGGCGAGGGAGCCGGUCCAGGCGUCCCAUAUAAGCGAACUGACAUCUCCUCAUCCCACCCCGAGCUGUGUGCUUGGCUGUUCAAAGACAUCCCCGACGGUGCGCUCAUCGGCGAGAAUACCCUGGGCGGGUUCGGGGGCGGUGCUAGCGCCGACGAGAUCGACAGACUCGACUACAAGUACGGCAGCCCAGCCAAUGCCGUCGUGGUGGCGUCUAGUAUAGGACAUUCUGAUCGCUUCGGUCUGUUCCCGGAAGAUUCGGGCUUCCCGAUGAUGAAGACUCUAGGAAGUCAAACCGACAUGAUCAGAUCGGACAUGACAUACUACCAGACCAGUGGCGGUGGUGCAGUCUUCUCCGUGGGGAGUAUAAGCUGGUACGUUGGACUGGGGUAUAAUGACUACGAUAACAAUGUCGCUACAUUGACGGCCAACGUACUGCGAAACUUUACCAAGUCGUAA